AGUAUGAACAAACCUGUAGGAUGAAGGAUGGUAGGAUGACUGUAGGGAAUUUGGAACCUGAAUUUGAUACUUCAGAUGAAAGUUUGAGGGAUAAAGAGACGACUGUGUGGAAUCUUGAACAUAAACUUUCUGCGUAUGAUGAGAAAUUGAGUGAUAUCACAAAAGAAGGUUUAUCCCCUAGCUGUGUUGGUCCCAAAACUCUCAUUGAAACGAAUACUUGGUUGGUGGAAGAUGGAGAGACGACUGUCCAGAUCAGAGUUGGUCAAGAGUUUGCAAAACCAGAGAAUUUGUUGGACACAAAUAAGGCAUUGCUUAAUAUCUUUGGUCUUGUGGCCAAGGCGGGCAGGGGUGCAGCAGAGCUACCAGAUCCAGAUCUUGGACUGAUCAUCAGAGAGGAGACGACUGUAAGGAAUCCGGUUUGUAAAACUCAGCCCACAUUUGAUUGGAUGAAGAGUAGUAAAACUGAUCAAUUUUCUGUUACUGUGGCUAAUCUGGGCAGGGGUGUAGCAGAGCUACAAGUGGAUUCUGUAUCCCAUGGUUGGAGAGCUAAGUCUAGCCAGAAAGAGUUUUUGAAGAAGACUGGUGAAGUUGAUAACUUUAAGAAGAAUGACGAUUGUAAGAGGAGUGAAGAUUUUAUCAAUGAUGAAGGCUCUGAUAAGACUGAUGAUUUUAAGGUUGAUAAAUUUAAGAAGAAUAACGAUUGUAAGAAGAGUAAAGAUUUUAAGAAUGAUGAUGGCUCUGAUAAGACUGAUGAUUUUAAGGUUGAUAAAUUUGAGAAGAAUAAUGAUGGUAAGAAGAGUAAAUAUUUUAAGAAUGAUGAUGGCUCUGAUAAGACUGAUGGGUUUAAGAAGACUGAUUGUUUUAGAAGGACUGAAGAUUUAAAAAAGAGUGACGUUGAUUUUAAGAAGACUGAUGAUCCUAAGAAUGAUGGAGAUUCUAAGAAUAAUGGCGAGUCAGAAAUAAGUUUUGAGCUUGAAACAAAUUGUGAUCCUGAGACAAAUUGGGGUCCUGAGAACCAUUGUGAUGUCAAGUUAAUGAGCGAUCAGGGACCAAUGAGCGAUCUUUGGAUGCUUCUGGGAUAUUCUGGAAUGGGUGAGACCUAUUGGUCUGGAGUUUGGUUUGUUAAGAUUCCUGGGGUUGAUGAGAUCUUCCGGUUUAGUGAGAGUCCCUGGAUGGAAGAAAAUCUAUUGGCCUGGAUUGAUGAGAUUUCCUGGUUUGAAGAGUUCUCCUGGAUUAGUGAAAGUUCAUGGUUUGAGGAGAUUUCCUGGUUUGGUGAAAUGCUUUUGAGUGAUGAGGUAUCCUGGUAUGAAAAAGAAUCUUUGUUUUGGGAGAUAUCCUGCUUUGAUGUGAUCUUUUGGGUCAAGAUCUCUUGGUUUGUUGAGGUUUCUUGGAUUGGUAGAGUCUCCUGGUCUUGUGAGGUAUCCUGGUAUGACUGGGACCCGGAGAAUGGUGAGUUGUCACCUGGACUUGGUGAACUGAAUCUGAGCAGAAAUGGAGGAGAAAGGACUAGACCUGAUCUUGAGCCUGUGAAGAUUGGUUUCAGUGUGAAGAGGUUCUUGACGAAGUUGUUCACGGGACCUUUAGGAGGCAAGGAAUGGGAUGAGAGAUACCGGUACCUUGUGAAGAAGAUGGAGAUCCAACCAGAGAUUUUAGACUUGCUCCGUGAUCUCCCUGUGUCUGCCGGUCUUGCGAUCCGGAGAGAUUUACAGGGAGUAGAGGAGUUCUAUUCUUUGAUCUCUGGUAAGGAUGUGGUCUUGGAGAGGGAUUUUGUGGAUCUGACUUCCCUGGUGGCCCUGGCUGGCUACAAACUCCAGGCAAGGAAUAUGACAGCAAUGGGUGCUCAGGUCAUGGGAAGCUUGUUGAAUAAAACUGAGUCCACGGAUGAUAACUGCUGGGGGUUAAGAGGGAAGGAGAUUCCACAAUGUCUGCAGUGCUAUGCUCUUAGAGAUAUCAAGUUUGGAUUCAUUACUUAUUCUGUUCUUGCUGGAUUGCUGUUGAAAGAUGUGUUUCCUGAUCCGGAUGUAAUAUGCAGGUUCCUAAAGUGUGAUCAGAUUACAGCUAUGAACUGGUUCUUGGAGUUUGUCCUGUUGUCUCUGGAGGCUGCAGAGGAGCAGGCCUGGAGUAGAGAGGAUGUGAUUAGAUCUCUGAGGUUGCAAGAUUCCAGGGAUAAGCUGUGUGAAGCUCCACCGUCUUUUGUUAAACUAUGGUUGGAGAUACUGGGUUCCUGGCCAACUUUAACAUCUUGGGGUUGCAGGUUCUUGUUGCCAUGUAGAGAAUGGUUUCUGGUUCAGAUCUGGGUCCUAGCCAGAGCCAAGAUUUAGUGGUCGGAUGAUGGGGUGCUGAGGUUCCCUAGGGAUGAAGACCUGGAGUAUUCUGGAUUCGGGUUAUCCUUGGAGGAGAUUGGAAACCAAGCCUGGAAGGAACCUGUCUUUGGUACCUGGAGUAUGGUUCAUCCAGCUGGAGUGAAGAUCCCGUUCCUAGAGUUUGAUGUUAGCUCCACUAAACCCUGUGAGAUCGGGAUGAGAUGUUAUGAGUUGGGUUGGUGCCAUGAUGAUGAGCUCAUUGAAGGGACUGGAGGACUGGACUAUUAUGACCUGGACUUUAAGUUUGAGAUCCCCAAGGAGGUUGAGGAGAUUGAGGUCUAGGUGAUGAAGUGCUUAAGGACACUUGUAUUAGUCUUGAGUGAGGGAACUAUUCUUGGUGAUUUUUCUUUUCAGGUUUGAGUGAUGGCACACUAAGAAUUCUUGUUGUGUUUAGAAAGCAGUCGCAGGAUGCAGCCGAGUGAAUUCUCGGACACCAGUAGCGGGGUGCAACUGAACUUUUUUUUCUUUUUUCUCGUUGGUUGGGGAGUGUUACGCGACCAAAAGUCUCGUAUAUAUAUAGAAGGAUAGAACACCCCUGUGCUGAUAUUCCCUCAGAGUUUCUGAAGCAUCCCUGGAGUUUGUACUGUGUGUAGAAGACUGUAUCUGAGAAGAAAACUGCCCAAACCAGUUUUAGUUUAUAUAAUAUUAUAUUGUUCGUACAUUUUCAUACCAGUAGAGAUUUGAUUUUUAAUGGAGUUGUUCGCCAUUAAUUUGGUCUUUUCUUUGUUCAAGUGAUAUUUUGUGGAGGCGCAACCUGUUGAAUUUCUGCUAUGCUGAAUAAAUCCUGAGUUCUUUAUUGAUUCGUUCAUCAUGAAGAGAGGAGAUAGAAAUUACGACAAACCAUCGCAAAAUACCACAAGGUCUAUAUAUAGCGCUUAGUCGCGUAAC